UGUUAAGCGCCGGUUAGACGCAAGAUUGCGAAGCCACACGGAAGUCUGCGUCUCUUCCCAGUCGCCACUUUUACUGAAUACCAACUCACAGCAGCAAGUGACGUUAGCACUAGCGGCUAGCCGGCUAAGCUAACUAGUUGGCUAAAACUCCUGCUUUGGUGAGAAUGAUUAGCUUGCCAUGUUUAUCCCUUAUCUAACCUUAGAGAUACAAGCUAUAGCUAACGCUAAUUAAAUACGCUAGCUCAAAACAGUAAAAUUGUUACACCAUAGGGGGUUUAGACUCGCUCAUAUGUUUACGACAAAUAAUUGACUGGCUAGCUAGUUAUUUACAGUUGCAGAUGUGUGGUGCUAACUUUGAAAGAUAACUGUGUGAAGAACAUGAACGCUAGAAGCUAACGCUGGUUAAUCUAUUUCAUAGCAAUGAUCCAUUUUGGGUAAUUAUGUCCUGCGCUUGCUCGCAACGAAGACCGUUAAUUUAGCUUUAUAAAUCAGCAUUAGCCGUCUAAAAAUCUUUGUUCUGAUGAGCUAAUGAAGUUGAUAGGUUAUCUCCCUUCCUCAUUCCAAAGCAGGAGACGACUCAUUUAAGGCUGCUGGACUUCACAAACAUAGCUAUGUAAAUUGCCUUGUAUGUGCUCUUGGAUUUGCAAGCCAACAUUGCCUUAACAUAUAAGAAGAUCUCAAUCUGGACUGAAAGACUUUAGUAUUGAUAUUACGUGAACUUUAAUCAAAUUGAGCCUGUUCUGGCUGUCUACUGGUGAAGAGGUGUAUGCCGUUGUGGACCACAGUGUAGCUCCCCAACACAGCAGUGGACCUCCUCCUCCUGUUCUCUGUAGUCUAGCAGAAGGACCACUAUGCCUCUGGGUCUGAGCAGAAGGAAGAAGGCGUCCCCGUUAAUGGAUAAUGAGGAAGCAGAGCCCAUCAGAGCAGGUCUCAAUGUACCGGGUAUGGACGGCCUGGAUGGAGGUGUCGUCGGACUCGGAGAGGGUGCUGCAUCCGAGGGCCUGCCACCCCCGCCCAGCAGCCUGCGCCCCCGGCUCAUCUUCCACACCCAGCUUGCUCACGGGAGCCCCACGGGGCGCAUUGAGGGCUUCAGCAAUGUGCGAGAGCUUUAUGCCAAGAUCGGAGAGGCUUUUGGCAUCCCACCAGCUGAGGUUAUGUUUUGCACACUGAACACCCACAAGGUGGACAUGGAGAAGCUGCUGGGAGGUCAGAUUGGGCUGGAGGAUUUUAUUUUUGCCCACAUUAAAGGGCAGAGGAAGGAAAUCGAGGUGUAUAAGGGUGAGGAUGCUCUGGGCUUGACAAUCACUGAUAACGGAGCUGGCUAUGCUUUCAUCAAGAGAAUCCGAGAGGGCAGCAUCAUCCACCAGAUCCAGGUCAUCAAUGUGGGGGAUAUGAUAGAAUCAAUCAAUGGUCAAGGCCUGAUAGGCUGUCGACACUAUGAAGUGGCCAAAAUGCUGAAAGAGCUGCCCAAAGGGAAGGAUUUUACCAUUAAGCUGGUGGAGCCUCUUAAGGCCUUCGACAUGAUCGGUCAAAGGUCAGGUGGAUCGCGGUCUGGAUCAGGGGUUCAGCUGGGGACAGGAAGGGGUACCUUGCGCCUGCGCUCCAAAGGUCCCGCCACUGUGGAGGAGUUGCCCUCUGCGUUUGAGGAGAAAGCCAUUGAGAAGGUGGACGACCUCCUUGAAAGUUACAUGGGUAUCAGGGACAGCGAGCUUGCGGCCACCAUGGUGGAGCUGGGGAAGGACAAAAAGAAUCCUGAUGAGUUUGCCGAGGCUUUAGAUGAGACCCUGGGAGAUUUUGCUUUCCCAGACGAAUUUGUCUUUGAUGUCUGGGGCGCCAUCGGUGACGCUAAGGUUGGGCGGCUGUAACCACAGAAACCGAGGGAGAAGAACAACCUGUGUGUGCGUUUGCACGCAUGUGUGGCGCAUUCCCCCCCACCCCACCCCCAGUAAAGAGCACUACUAGGAAUCACAACACUACCGUCAUGACUUUGUUUUAUUUUCCAGUGUACUCUCACUUUUCUAUUAAGUAGAGUGCACUAUUUUGGGAGACUCUUUUGAGAAAGGAAGUUGCCAAUUUAUGGGAAAGAGCGAAAGACUGACUGGGAGACACUGCUGUUCUGGUCUCACCAGCUUCACAGUAUUUCAAGACUGAUGAAUGGUCCCUAUUCUAUAGGAGAGCUCAGUACAAAGGCUGAAACAAUUAUGCCCAGGCAGCAAGUGUUUUUAUGUUUUCCGGCUUUUUGCGGGAGCCAAGUUGAUGCGCAUUCCUCUUGAACACAACACAUGAUGAACUUGCACGUCUUUGUUCUAGUUGUCGGCAAUGAAUCAAACCAAGCACUAGUCUCAGCUGUGGGAGAAUUGAAGGACUGGGGUCAACACAAAGCAAAUCUUAGACACUUGGUUAUGAAAAGAAAGUGUUUUAUUUCAAGUUUUUUUUUCCAUAUUGCACUAUGUUGCACUGCGCUGUGAAAAAUAAAACAAAAAAAAAACUUGCACUGUACCUCACCUGGGUAGCGACCACAAUUCUUGCACAGUUCCAGGGCCCUGCAUGGACUUUGCUAUGCUGAGAUGCAAAUUUAGCCACUCUGCCCCCUAGGUAACGUGUUGGUCCUGGUCCACGCUGUGUUUUGGUGUCAUGGGUCAUUACAGUACAGAAGCAUGGGUCUUUUUUUUUUUUCCAUGAUAACAUUUUGCUUUUGUGUACCUUUUGGGAAGUGGGAACUAUUUUUGGUUACAGAGCGAUCAUGGUAUGAAGUCCCAGUAUACAAGCGCACCAUAUUUAAAAGAUAAAUGGUGGUUCCCAUUAAAGCACUCUGUGCUGCAAUGAAGGUAAAACUAUACAGACAGCAGCACUUUUCGGUAUGGAGUUCACACAGACAUGGUCCACGUCAGUGUUAAGAAACUCCCAAGUUUUAAUUUAGUUUUUUAUAAGGGCAAUCUAUCGGUUUAUGGGAGUGGAAGCAGUAUGGUGCCCCAGUUCGUGGAUAGUGGAGUCUGUUUUUUUAUUUUUUUUCUAAACUAGUAUUUUUUAUUUCGAUAUGAAGUGAUGUGAUUGUGUGCGUUUCUAUGAAAUCAAAAGUGGCUUGUUUUAAUAGGCAAGCAAUGUCAGCCGGUGUUGAAUUUUCAUUUUUAUUUUUUUAUUUUUAUUUUUAACAUUACAGAGCGCAGUAUUAAAGAUGAUAAUGAGAUGAACCAAGAAGUUGUGUAAAAAGACACUGGGACCAUUAAGAAAUGAAGAACAAAGUGUCGUUUCUCUGUUCCUCAAAUGAAAUUGUCAUUUUAUAUGUGUAAACUACGUUGAAGGACCUGCUGCAUGUUGCUGGAGUCAUGUACACUUACUGUAGGUGCAGGACGACACCAGACUACUUCCAUCUUGUAUGAGGAUGACAUAUUGUUCAUACGGGGUAAACAUGUUUAUCAGAAUGGAUAUUCAAAGAUGCAAGCUACUACUACUGCUACUCUACAUCAUCUGGCAAACUGUCUCAGGGCAACCUUGCCAUUACCUUUUCAGUAUUCUUUCAUUAUACACAACUGUAUGAAGAUAUUUUGUAGUAAAUGGGUUUGUUUUUGUUUUGGUUUUUGGUUUUAUGUCAACUCUUUGACGUUGAUGAAUAUUUAGACGGUUUACGUAGUGAGACUGAUGUUAGGACACUGUAACUAACAGGAACACGGUUAUUUUGAUGGCUUUCAGUUACGCUGUUGUCAAUUUUAACUGCUAUUAUGACUUGGAUUUAGUGAUAUCCUCUCUCUGUUAUUUGUUACAUGCUAUGUAUGCAGUGUUCAACCAUGGGGUAAAUAAUAACAUACCACACUAAAAAGUAUGA